AUGGGCGGGGACCUCCAAAGCAGCCUGAUUGUCAGCGGGGACAACCAUGUGCUCAACACGCACUUCAGGCACUUGUUCGACCAUCCGGCCUGCAUGCAGGAGAAGCCCUCGUCCACCGCCGUCGGCUUCCUCUCGGCGUCGCUCCCAGAUAGGUGGCGGAGACACUCGGAGAGCUUGCCGGCGCUGCCCAACGCACAUGGAGGGGGCACGGGGCCCGCUGCUCCGCGGGCGCGCGCGCGCCCCCGGGGUGCCGAGGGUUGCCGCAACGCCGGGAGGCGCGCCCCCGAGAGCCCCGGCGCCGCCGCCCGCGCGGGCGCGGCCGUGGCGGCCGCCGAGCCGAGGCGGGUGGAAGUGCAGCUGCCGCUGUGCCGCCCCGCGACCUGCGAGCACGAGCUCCGCCCCAGGAGCGUCGCCCGGAGCCCCCGGUGCCAGGGCGAGGCCUGGCUCCGCUCGCGCAGCGCCGCCUCGGACGGCCGCCAGGAGGAGGCCGCCCCCCUGCAGCGGGCCGGCCCCCGCCUCUACGAGCCGCCGCCGGCGCGGCGCCUGGAGCGCCAGCAGGCCGUGGCCCUGGCGGCGCUGCGGCGGGCCGCGCGGCCGCGCUCGCCGCGCGGGAGGCGCGCCGCGGCCUCUUUGGCGGAGCCGCGGGCGGGGAGGCGCGAGCUGCUGGCUGGCCGCAGGAACCGAGGCGCCUCUCCGACGCCCCUGGCCGACCUGGUGCUGCAGUCCGCGGGGCUGCCCCCGAGCAGACGGCAGCUGAUGUGA